UAGCCGGUUUGUUUUCUUUUAAAUUUAUGCGCAACGCGUACAUAGUUGAUAGAAUUCGGAAUUGGUCCUGCGUAUUAUAACGCGUAGCAUAUAUCCGUGAAGAUAGAUUGUACCGACUUCGCGUGAACUGUCGAAAGGCUGGCUAUUUAGUUAUUUUAAAGGCAAACUUUAUACCCCUGCAGUCAGUUUAUAUUUCCAUACAAUCGUGGGAGUAUCACCGAGCUAAAUACAUAAAAUAUGAUGGCCGGAAAUUGGUAUAGUUUAACCGGAGCGGCGAAGCAAUUGGUUAAAAAUCUGGUGAUAAAAAAGGGCAAUGCAACAAGAAGACCAAGAACUCUGGGUCACUUGGUUACUCGCACUACAUCAUCGUUUCACUACGUUCAACACACGGCAACUGACUGCACUUCAAUGCCGGACAAUAUGUCAAGCACUAUUCACAAAAACUUAUGGGACACGGAUUACGAGCUGUUCGAUUUAAUGAAAAAGGAGAAAAAGCGACAAGAGUGUGGGCUGGAAAUGAUUGCGAGUGAAAAUUUUACCUCUCUUAGCGUACUCCAAUGCCUCGGAUCUUGCCUAGGAAAUAAAUACAGCGAAGGUCUUCCGGGACAGAGAUAUUACGGUGGAAACGAAUUCAUUGAUCAAAUUGAAUUACUUGCUCAAAAACGUGCCUUAGAAGCUUACAAUCUAAAUCCAGAAGAAUGGGGAUGCAAUGUUCAACCGUACUCCGGCAGUCCGGCCAAUUUUGCUGUCUACACUGGUCUGGUUGAACCCCAUGGGCGUAUAAUGGGUCUAGAUCUCCCCGACGGAGGGCAUCUAACACAUGGAUUUUUCACCGAAACCAAGAAAAUCUCUGCAACAUCGAUAUUCUUUGAGUCGAUGCCUUACAAGGUGAAUCCUGAAACAGGAUACAUAGACUACGAUAAACUUGAAGAGACUGCAAGAUUGUUCAAGCCAAAGAUAAUUAUAGCCGGUACAACGUGCUAUAGCAGGUGUUUGGACUACAAACGUUUUAGGGAAAUUGCUGAUCAACAUGGAGCGUAUCUCUUGAGCGAUAUGUCGCAUAUUUCUGGGCUUGUUGCUGCAGGUGUUAUUCCCAGCCCGUUUGAAUACAGCGAUGUUGUUUCUACUACAACUCAUAAGACGCUCAGAGGACCACGUGCCGGUGUAAUUUUCUUCCGGAAAGGCGUUAGAAGUACAAAUAAGAAGGGUGAAAAGAUUUUGUAUGACCUGGAGACCAGAAUAAAUCAGGCUGUGUUUCCCGGCCUGCAAGGUGGCCCACAUAAUCAUCAAAUUGCUGCCAUUGCCACAACAAUGAAGCAGGCUAAGUCUCCCGAGUUCAUUGCUUAUCAAAAACAAGUAUUAGCUAAUGCAAAAAGACUCUCGGACAGUCUUCAAAAACUUGGUUACAAAAUUAGCAGUGGUGGCACCGACGUGCAUCUCAUCUUAGUUGAUCUGAGUACCACUGGUAUCAGCGGAGCCAAAGCUGAGAAGAUACUAGAAGAUAUUGGAAUCGCAUGCAACAAAAAUACAGUUCCUGGGGAUAAAAGUGCAUUAAAUCCAAACGGUAUCAGGCUUGGAACACCGGCUUUGACUACUAGGGGUUUCAAGGAAGCUGAAAUUGAUAAAGCUGUUAAUUUCAUUCAUUCAGGUAUAGAACUGGCUAAAGAAGUCACGGCUAUAUCUGGACUUAAGCUCUCGGAAUUUAAAAGGGUAUUAGAUACUGAUGUGGCAAUAAAGGUAAAGGUCCAAGCACUUCGUACAGAAGUAGAAAAAUUUGCCUCACAAUUCCCCAUGCCAGGUCUGAAAGAGUAUUAAACAUGUGUAUCCAAAAGAGAUACAGCUAGAUAGAUUUCUACUAACAAGAAAGAUCAGUUCGGUGUCCGCCUCCGAUUUAGUUACAACUCAUGUAUAUUUGUAGAACAUUAAAAAAGGUUUCAUUCAUGAAUAGGAACAUUUCAGCAUUGGUUUCAUUCAAACAGAUCGUGUACAUCAAGAAAUUACCAUGUUGGGUUUCCAUCUUUGGGGAUCGUUUUCAUCCCUUCAAACCGUUUUUCCGCUGAUAAAAACAAGGUGUGUUUUAGUUUUCAAUGUUCUACAACAUACACGAGUUGCAUCAAAUUCGAAGGGGGAUAUCAAAUUGGUUCCUGGUAAGAUGUAUCAUUUACAAUGAUUAAUACUAAAUGAUAAUAUAAUUGGAAAAUAUUUUCGUUUGAGAAAAGAGCAGGUUGGAAUAUAGAUCUACGUCUUAUAAUUUUAAUAUUGAGUCAUGCUCAAUAUAACGUACAUAAAAAUUUUUCCAUAUUGUAACUCCCGCUCAAUCAUACUAGAAAGACUUACAAUCAAGCAGUGAGCUACUUUUAAAAAAAUCGAGGUUUGCUUUGAUAGAUAUAAUUCCGUAGUUUUCCUAUACAUACAAUAGUGGUCUAAAUUAUAUUUUUAUUUCUUUGUAUAAAAAUCAAAAUCAUUUCCCAAACCUGUGCAGUAACGUAACCUACAAUUAUAAUAUCACCAAUUAUUUUAUAAGAAAUUAACGUUAUUUACCUUCUGUAUCGAUCAUGUAGGACUGGUUUUUUUUUUUCUUUUUGGAAUAACAUUUAAGAGUUAAUAUUUUAUAGUUAAAACUUAUGUAUGCAUUAAAAUUGUAAAGAAUUGCGAAGAAGGAAUUGUUUUUAUUGAAAUUGCAUGUAAAUGGCUUACGAGAUAAAAAGUAUUUAAUAUCCGAGCUAAAAAUCCUCGAUAAAAGUCUCAUGUUUAUAUUUUUUAUACUGAAAAAUAAAAUACACAAAUAAAAA